AUUUUAAUUUUUAGGUUAUAUUUUUGGAUUUCAGGAAUGGUUAUGUUAUUGUAUUAAAAAAAAAUUAAAUCGUUGUAUUAAUAUGGCUCUUGUAUUGUCGAAUAUAGCGACUAAGUCUAACUUAAAAGUGAUAGAGGAAAAAUUGUUUGCUUUGAGUAUCUGCAAUAGCAAUCAAAUAAGAUGUAUGGCUAAACUUAAUCCUCCACCUAGACUAAGAAAUCCUACAUGGUUUACAAAGAAAGUGAUAGUUACAAGAGAUGAAGAAAUAACCAAAGAAAAUGAGAAGUUUGUCCAAGAAGUAAUACAGGAUAAGUACAGUAAAAUAUCGCCAAAAGGUGAAGUUGCCACUAAUAUUGAGUGGACACCGGAGAUGCAAAGAACUGGAGUGAUAGCAAGAAAGAUCGGGGUGUAUCCUCUAUGGCUAAAGAAUGGUAAACAUAUACAGACCACGUUACUACAAGUAUUAGAUAACCACGUCAUCAAACAAAUAGCCCCUGACGAAUAUGACUCUCCCAGAAAAAGAGUAUUAGAAGUACGCAACAAGAAAGCUUGUUUACUGUUGGGUGCUGAAGGUGCAGAUCCUUCCAAGUUUACUAAAGAAUACUGUGGUCUCUUCAAAGAGUCUGGGGUCAUUCCAAAACAAGUACUUGCUCGGAUUGAUCGUGGUUUCCAAGGAGUAAUGAAGCGCCACGGUUUUAAGGGAAUGCCCGCGUCUCACGGUGUCACAAAAACACACAGAAGAGGAGGUAAUAUAGGAGGCGGUGGCGAGAAAGGAAGAGUGUGGCCUGGAACGAAAAUGCCUGGGCAUAUGGGCAACCGUUUUAGAAUAGCCAAAGGAGUGAAGAUAUUAAGAAUAAACACGAGGCACAACGUGCUUUGGGUCACGGGUCAAGCUAUACCCGGCGAGACGAACUCUAUUUGCUUUAUUUAUGAUUCAAAGUUGCCCUUACGGAAGCCAGAGAAGCCCUUACCUUUUCCGACGUACUUGGGUGGAGUAGACGAUAGUGUUCCUGAAGAUAUUUAUGAUGAUAGUAUCCAUAGUUUUAGUGAUCCUUCUAUUGUUUUUAAAGAAAGUAAAUAGAUGUAUAUAAUAUAUAUUGCACUAGUUGAUUUGUUAAAUAAACAUUUUAUUUUUACAUUGA